AUGGCGUCGAACGAGAGUGCACCGAGAGUAGAGCUCUCCGACUCAGCAGUUACCCUCCCGUCUGAUUCCGAGAACUACUCGGCCACUAUCGAGCUGUCUCCGCCUACCGGACAAGCUACCACGGCCCCGGUGACGCUCUACACACCUCCAUCGUACUGGCAGAUAAUACAGGGAGCCGCUAUCAACCUCAUCCUGCCUUUCGUCAACGGGCUUAUGCUGGGCUUCGGAGAGCUGUUCGCACAUGAAGCUGCUUUCAGAUUAGGCUGGACCAAUACCAAGAUAUUCCCUACUCAUCGACGAACCCAGCAGCCUAUUGGCGGUGGAAUCGGGCUUCGCGAUAUACCGCACCGAAGAUCGUAA